AUAUGUACACAUUAAAGCUAAUUUUUUAAUUAAAAUGGAAAUGAAACCCCACUUGAAAGUUAAAACAAAAUUAUGUUUAAAACUAUGAGCUUUGCUGGCUGAGGAAUUCUGGGAGUUGAAGUCCACGAGUCUUAAAGUUGACCAAUCUACAGCAUUGGCGUGGUUUCUGUUUAUGUAAUGCCCACUCUUGUACAGCAGGGGGCGUUCAGGUACAUGGCAGGUAAGCUUUGCUGGCUGAGGAACUCUGGGAGUUGAAGUCCACGAGUCUUAAAGUUGACCAAUCUACAGCAUUGGCGUGGUUUCUGUUUAUGUAAUGCCCGCUCUUGUACAGCAGGGGGCGUUCAGGUACAUGGCAGAUAAGCUUUGCUGGCUGAGGAACUCUGGGAGUUGAAGUCCACGAGUCUUAAAGUUGACCAAUCUACAGCAUUGGUGGUUUCUGUUUAUGUAAUGCCCACUCCUGUACAGCAGGGGGCGUUCAGGUACAUGGCAGAUAAGCUUUGCUGGCUGAGGAAUUCUGGGAGUUGAAGUCCACAAGUCUUAAAGUUGACCAAUCUACAGCAUUGGUGGUUUCUGUUUAUGUAAUGCCCACUCCUGUACAGCAGGGGGCGUUCAGGUACAUGGCAGGUAAGCUUUGCUGGCUGAGGAAUUCUGGGAGUUGAAGUCCACGAGUCUUAAAGUUGACCAAUCUACAGCAUUGGUGGUUUCUGUUUAUGUAAUGCCCACUCCUGUACAGCAGGGGGCGUUCAGGUACAGGGCAGGUAAGCUUUGCUGGCUGAGGAAUUCUGGGAGUUGAAGUCCACGAGUCUUAAAGUUGACCAAUCUACAGCAUUGGUGGUUUCUGUUUAUGUAAUGCCCACUCCUGUACAGCAGGGGGCGUUCAGGUACAUGGCAGGUAAGCUUUGCUGGCUGAGGAACUCUGGGAGUUGAAGUCCACGAGUCUUAAAAGUUGCCAAGGUUGGAGAGCAAAGGUCUGAACAGUUUGAAAGGCCUAGCAAUAACUGGCUCCGCAUAAGACGCCGAUCCAGAAACCAAGAGGAUUCAAUUUUUCGGGAUUCCCCAGCCGAACCAAACGUUUUUUUUGCAGGCGAUGCGCCCAACGCCACCAGCUUCAACGGAAAAACUACAUUUCCCACAAAACACGAAACCUGCUUCCCGCGGAUUGGCGGAGCGCGAGCGGCUUCCGGUCCCGCUUCCGGUCCUUCCGGGAGAGAAGAAAAAAAUAAGGGUUAUGGCGUCGGGCUGCCGGAUAGGUCCUUCCAUUCUGAACAGCGACCUGGCGGCUCUGGGAGCCGAAUGCCGGCGCAUGAUGGACUGCGGCGCGGACUACCUGCACCUGGAUGUAAUGGACGGACAUUUUGUUCCAAACAUAACUUUUGGCCAUCCUGUUGUAGAGAGCCUUCGGAAGCAGCUGGGCCAGCAGUACUUUUUUGAUAUGCAUAUGAUGGUUGCUAAACCAGAACAGUGGGUAAAGCCUAUGGCUGUAGCCGGUGCAAAUCAAUAUACCUUUCAUAUAGAAGCUACCAAUAAUCCAGGGGCCCUCAUCAAAGAUAUAAGAGAAAAUGGAAUGAAGGUUGGUUUGGCUAUCAAACCAGGAACCACAGUAGAUUUUUUAGCACCAUGGGCCAAUCAGAUAGACAUGGCUUUAGUUAUGACAGUGGAACCUGGUUUCGGUGGACAAAAGUUCAUGGAAGAUAUGAUGCCAAAGGUUCACUGGCUGAGAACCCAGUUUCCUUCUUUGGAUAUUGAAGUAGAUGGUGGUGUAGGGCCAGAUACUAUACAUAAAUGUGCAGAGGCAGGUGCAAAUAUGAUUGUGUCUGGGAGUGCUAUAAUGAAGAGUGACGAUCCUAGAACUGUGAUUAACCUUCUGAGAAAUGUCUGUUGUGAAGCUGCUCAAAAGCGUUCUCUUGAUCGGUAAAAUCACGUUGCAGCCAAAUGGGUUGCGUUUUACUGUUUCUCAUUAUGGGGGGCGGGGGUGUGUGAUACCAUUGUGGAAUAAACAAGACAUCAAUUUUGGAGGCUUAUUUUAUGACCAAAAACCCAAGCACAAUACAUAGUAAGAGUGUCUUGUGAUAUUGGAGAAAACGCUCCUUGCUUGCUCCUUGAUUUCAUGCAGCAUGGAAAAGGUUUUUUUUUAAAAAAUUUAAAUGCAAAUGUGAUGAUUCCUUAAAAUGCUAAAUAAUAAACCCUUGAAUUGGAAAAGUUUGAAGGGUGGCUUCGCCCUGAUGAACAAUUGUGGGUCUAAUAAACUUUAAGAAUAAAAAUGGAAGGAUGGAAAUAAAUGGAGCAGGAAAUCUGUUUCAAUGUUCUGAAUAUGAAAAUAACAGCAAAAAUUGCAAACCAUUAAAAAGUUAAGAUCAUGGGUAUAUAAUCUGUAAAACUUUUUAAAAUUGCCAUCAGUUGUAACUGUUAACAUGACAGAAGGAAAAACUAUUAAAUGCUUUGAAAGUAAUUUACAUUAAAUGUUUUAAUUUAAAUGUACUUGUUUUCCUAGAAUCCAAGCAAUUCUUGGUUGUGCCCUCAGCCUGAAAAAGAAUGUAUACCUGAGCUUUGAGGCAAUAUUAAUUAUCAUUCAGCUUGUAUAAAUUACUUGCAAAUUGAAAAUAAUUUGGUUUUUUUAAUGCACAUCCUUUUGGUUCCCAAUUGAUACAGAUGUUUCAGAAAUUUCAUCGUAGAUAUACAGUUUACACUAUAAAAGUAGCUAGGGAAAUGUUAUGAUUUGGUGCCUCAAAUGCCUUAUGAACAAAAAAGUCUUCUCUUCCACUCAAAAUUGGCACAUCAAAUUAUAUCAUUUUCUUAAGAAAAAUAUAAUGAAGACAAAACAUUGCAAUUCUCUUUUCAGUGGACUCUGACAUUAAUCUCUUUAAUUGGCUUUAUUGAGAAUAUAUUUUGAAAUUUAAAAAAAAAACAUCCAUUUCCUACCCUUUCUAUGCUGAAAAAACAGUGGAAGACAGUGUUAGACAACAGGGAUAAACAGAUUUUUUUUAAAAAAAAUGUUAAUCCUUGUAUCUUGAUUUGUAUAAAGUGUAAGCUGAAGAGCAUAAAAGCAAGAAAAUAUAUAGAGCCUUUUUCUGUUGUUCAAUUGUAUUAAAAUAAAUACUUUUUACUCCAGGCUGGGCAGAUGAGGUAGUUAAAUGCAUACUUUUUGUCAUUUUUGGAACUGAUAGCAAACUUUUAAGGGAUCUGGCUUUGGUUGGGACCUCUAUUUAAUCUGCAAAGGCUGCCAUCCUGUACAAAUUUGGCUAAGAGUAAGCCCUAUU